UUCCUGUCUGUGCGUGUAAAUGGCUGUGCCGUGGCUGCUCCACGCUACUUUUUAUUCCCAGGACGCAGAAUAGUAAUAAAUCCUCCUCUGCUAGGAAAGGCUGUGAUCAUAAUAAAGACGUCACCCUCCUGCUCGGGUUGGCUCAGCCAGGCUAAGUGCGCAGCUAUUUGUAAGCUACAACAACAACAACCUCCAGCACCAUGCCCGUGGAUAACGUAGGGAUUUCUGUGAGAUCCCCUCGCCUUGUGGAGACGAGAUCUGCGUCAGAUCCAUAGCGAAGGCAGCCUUUAAUUGCGCUGGAUCUUUCUGCUAAAAAAAAAAAGAAAAAAAAGAAAAAAAAAACACACACACACACAGAGGGACUUGAUCAGCGUUGCGGGCUGUUGUCGCAACAAAUAGGACGCAAGACGUGGAUUUGAAGCAGAGCCAUGGAGGAAACAGCUGCUGCAGCUCCAGCCUCUGGCACUGGGACUGUCCCACCAACUCCAAAACCUCAGCCUUCCUCCCAUGUACCUUCACGCAGCCUGCUGGAGUGGAGACGGAGGGUCAAGUCUGAGUACAUGCGCCUUCGCCAGUUAAAACGCCUUAAAAAAGCAGAGGAGGUCAAGAACUUGUUUAUGUCUAACAGACAGAAGAUUGAAGAGCAGACAAAUCUUUUGAAUUCAGAUUGGUCUAAGCUCCGGAUUCAGUCCAUCCCUUUGUCAACCUCCAGUGGACCUCUCUCUGGCAAGAAGAUGUGUACAGUGGAGUUUGGCUUCCCAUCAUUCAAACCCCAGGCCAUUGCUAUGAGACCCCUGUCAACAGUGGCAGGAAUCCCCUUCAUGUACUCCUGGUCACCGCUGCAGCACAAUUUCAUGGUGGAGGAUGAGACGUUCCUUCAUAACAUCCCAUACAUGGGCGAUGAAGUCCUAGAACAGGAUGAGGCCUUCCUGGAGGAGCUCAUUGACAAUUAUGAUGGUGUCCAUGGCGACAGAGAGGGAGGGUUUAUCAGUGACGAGAUCUUUAAAGAGCUUGUGGAGGCCUUGAGCCAGUACUCUGAUCAUGAGGAGGAGGAAGAAGACGAUGCAGCUGCGACAGAGGCAGUAGGGAAGAAAGAGGAAGAAAGAGUGAUGAGGAGGAGCUCGGUGGAGGCUUCAGAGGAGACCAAAGCUGGGACCGUGACAUUCAUCAGAAGGAAGAGGAGGAGCACUACUGAGGCAAGGGACCUGUCCGGCAGCAAGAAGAUUCCCAAUGAGAAGAUAUUUACAGCCAUCGCUUCAAUGUUCCCGUACAAGGGCACCACAGAGGAACUGAAGGAAAAGUACAGGGACCUCCUGGAGCCACCCAGCCCAGUAAAGCUGCCCCCCCUCUGCACCCCCAACCUGGACGGUCCUUUUGCAAAGUCUGUGCAGCGGGAGCAGUCUUUGCACUCCUUUCACACCCUCUUCUGCAGACGAUGCUUCAAAUACGACUGUUUCCUACACCCCUUUCAUGCUACACCCAAUGUUUACAAGAGGAAGACUAAGGAGAUCCGCAUGGAGACUGAACCAUGUGGUGUGGACUGUUUCCUGUUACAGAAAGGGGCUAAAGAGUUUGUAGAUCAGAAUAUGUUGCGGUCGCAGAGGUCUCGGAGGCGGAGGAGGCAGCAGCGUCCCACCAGCUCCAGCUGUCCUGGACCGUCUGGGUCCACUGAGGAAAGCAAGGAGGGUGACAGUGACCAUGAAACCACCUCCUCAUCAGAGGGGAAUUCACGUUGCCAGACUCCCACCAAGUUGCGUCCAGGGGAUGAUGAUGGGGAGCAGCAGGCGUGCUGUGUGGUCCAGUGGAGCGGGGCUGAGGAGUCACUGUUCAGGGUCCUCCACGGCACAUACUUCAACAACUUCUGCUCCAUUGCUCGCCUGAUUGGUACCAAGAAUUGCAAGGAGGUGUACGAGUUUGCUGUAAAUGAGGCCCUGAUACAUCGGGUUCCUUUGGAGGAUGGAGGCAUCUCUCCCCAAAAAAAGAAAAGAAAACACAGAUUAUGGGCAAAGAUUCAGCUAAAGAAAGAUAAUUCAUCCAAUCAGGUGUACAACUACCAGCCAUGUGACCACCCCGACCACCCCUGCGACAGCUCCUGCCCAUGUGUGAUGACCCAGAAUUUCUGUGAGAAAUUCUGUCAGUGCGAACAUGAAUGUCAGAACCGCUUCCCAGGCUGCAGGUGUAAGACACAGUGCAACACUAAACAGUGUCCAUGCUACCUGGCUGUGAGGGAGUGUGAUCCAGAUCUGUGCAUGACCUGUGGGGCUGCAGACCACUGGGACAGCAAAGUGGUCUCCUGCAAAAACUGCAGCAUCCAGAGGGGCCUCAAAAAGCACCUGCUCUUGGCUCCAUCAGACGUCGCUGGGUGGGGCACCUUCAUCAAAGAGCCUGUUCAGAAAAAUGAGUUCAUCUCAGAAUACUGUGGAGAGCUGAUCUCUCAAGAUGAAGCAGACCGACGCGGUAGGAUCUACGACAAAUACAUGUCUAGUUUUCUUUUUAACUUAAACAAUGUAGACUUUGUUGUGGAUGCCACGCGAAAAGGGAACAAAAUCCGCUUCGCAAAUCAUUCUGUAAAUCCAAACUGCUACGCAAAAGUGGUAAUGGUGAAUGGAGACCACCGCAUUGGGAUCUUUGCCAAACGAGCUAUCCUGCAAGGAGAGGAGCUCUUCUUUGACUACAGGUACAGUCAAGCUGAUGCCCUGAAAUACGUGGGGAUAGAGAGGGAGGUAGACAUGACUUAGCUGUGACUGCUGCCUACCUCCAUCUCCAGUCCUUAACUCUUCAUCCACCCACUAAUGCUUCUGUCCCUCCCUGCAGCAUCACAUCUAGCUGAUGAGUGUCUAUGAACAGUUACUGUCUUGGCCCUCUCUGCUGCACUUCCAAAAAUAGAAGAGCCCCUCCCUGCUGUUUGCAGGUGCUCCAGCGCUGCAGACACUGCACCACCUCCUUUAGUGACAAAUGUCAGCCCUCCCCCUCAUCUGCCCAAACCUUGCACCUUGCAGGACUGUGCGCCAAGCUUAUGAGACUAAACUAUUUAAACUGAAAAUACUAUUAUCUGUACUGUUUACCGCACCAAGAGGAUCACACAUGUUUUCUUUCAUUUUUUCCAUCUUGUCAGAGCAAAAAUGUUGUGAUUACCCUUUAUACAUCGUAGUGUUAAUCUUUCAGCAGUUUUGUUCCUGUACUUAUAGACUGGCUUUUGUUUUGAUCUCUCAUAACAUAAUGCAAGCUUUGACAUCGUACCUAAUGAUGAUCGGUGAAAUGCAUGUGCUAUCUCUUGGAAAACAAAGAAAUAAACAUGUUAGUUACCACUUUAGCUUCAGUCAGAUGCUGCUCUGUGCAGUCUGUCAGUAUUGUAGUGUGAUGUUACCCUCUGAUUGUUCUUCAAAGGGACUUGACCAGGUUUGACAGCUUCGUAUGUUCUUUUGUGAACCUGUUUCAGCAGUUAGCAUCACCACCACAUCUAUGGCAAGAUAAGUUCUUGUGCAUUUAUAUCAUUCUCUGCAAAAAUAGGCAACCAGACGAGAAACCGACUGACUGAAUGUAACUGUAGUCGAUGGUGAAGAGAUCUCAUUCCUCCUAAUUUUACACAUUAAUCCAUUGUAUUGGUACUCAGAGUAAUGUACAUGAAUAUCUAACAGUUAUCAUGUUUACAUAAUUAUAUGCCAUCACACUUUGUGAGGCAAAUAACUAAUUAAGCAGUCCUACAGUAAAUGUCUUCCUUUAAAAUAUAAUAAGUGCCAAAUGAUUCCACACAGAAAGGUGAAACAUUGUGGAUGUGUUGCAUAAUUCACAGAGCUUUGUUUAAGAUAACCAUUGCAAGGUUACAACCAUGAAAAAAAGCAAAAUUAUCAGUGUUUGACCAAAUAUUAAACUCCCCUACAUGUGAAUGUAAGAUACCAUUUAUUAGAGAUUUUUUUUUUUUUAGGUCCAAGUUUGUUUGUUUUUUCAUUUAAAAGCCCACAUUGAAAUGAGAUCUUUCUCAAUGGAAAUGAACAAAAAAUGGAGUUUACUGCUAUGUACAGUGUAUGCCUAUAAAAAUAAAAGUUUAACUUUAUACAUUAA